CAACAAAUGAGAUCAGAACGACUUCACAGCAUUCGCGCGUGCAUGGACAUGUCAGUAACGCCCGUUUGCUCAGAGGGCGGCUAAGCGGUUGUGGCUUAGGCUAACCAGUGGAGUUUUCGUCAUCGUCAUCAACCGAGCUGCAAGCGCCGGGGGUCUGUCGACCAACAAGUGGCUCAGUCUCGAGAGGUAUUGUUGCGUUCUUCGCAACCUCUCCCCGCAAUGAUACUCAGUCAGAUAUCCUACCUUGAUUGCAUCGCGUUCUUGGUAUUCCUUGUACCUCAAUUGCUGCUUCAGAUUGGCCUAUUUCCCGUCCUCAAAUGGCUGAUCGCAGCGCUGCCGUUCAUCGUUUUGGUCAUCCCGUAUCAAUUUAUUCGCGAACGAUUCUUUACACCAUAUUCAAGACGUAGCCCAUUUGUAAAGAAGGCAACACCUUUCCAGGACUUCGUUAUUAGAUGCGUCCGCUAUGCGUUCGCGAACAUGCCAGCCUUCAUUGGUCGCGUCUUCUUUUCCAAGGGCGUCUCAUUACCAUUUUUGCGGUUCCGAAUGCUCCGUCACGGCAUUGUUACGAGCCCGAUCAGGUGGACUGAGGUGAAGAGGCCUGACUUCAGAGGUGUACUAAUUAAACACGACCAACAGGAGCAGCCAGAUAUCGUCGUCUACUACGCUCAUGGUGGUGGGUUCUCGAUGGGCAGUUCCUACUUCUACAUGGAGUUCCUACUCGCAUGGGUCACACUACUCAAAGCUGCUGGCUACAGAAAUCCCGCGUUGUUUGCGCUGGAAUACACCUUGGUACCUGAUACGACAUACCCAUCUCAGCUCCACGAAACCCUUGCUGGCUACAGCUACGUACUCUCACUUGCUCCAUCAUCGACUAAAGUGGUCGUUGGGGGUGAUUCGGCUGGCGCAACCCUUAUGCUCAGCUUCUUGCUCCAUUUGACAGAACACGCAGAGCUAAGGCACCAACGACCUGGAAUGGCGGUCAUGAUCAGCCCCUGGGUUACCAUCGUCUCGAAGAACAACCGCAACACCGCCUCAGACUUCCUCAAUGAUGAAUCUCUCGAGCAAUAUGGGCGCCAGUAUAUUGGUAAAAAGGCUUCUGUCGACGAUCCAAUGGUAUCUCCCGGCCAUUGCAAGGACAUGAAGAGGUGGACAGACGCAUCACCAGAGAAAGGUUGGUACGUCCUCUACGGCAGUGAAGAGGUACUCGGGCCUGAGACAAGAGAGCUUAUAAGUCUCCUCAAGAGCACAGGCACACAUGUUGAUGAGUGGGAGGAGCAAGGCGGCAUUCACGCAUGGCCUGUUGCAAGCUUGUACCUGGGCGAAAGCAAGGAUGAGCGACUUAGCGGACUGCAAAGCAUCGUUGAAGCUAUCAAAGAUAAAAUACUAUGAAAGCAGCAGGUCCCUGCCAACGAAGUCAACGAUAGUCACCUCCUUGAAUACUGUGGUGGGAGAUCGAAUCCAAGCUCUCGAGCAGCUUGCUGAAGUUGUGCCACCCUCUUCACCUCCUCCAAAGCCCAUUGUUGGGCCACUGCUGAUGGGUCGGCAUUAUGCAGCGACAAUGCUCGAGCAGAGAGAGGGGUGAACGCACC